CGCCCCCCCCUACGUCUCCACUCCUGCAGAGUCUCCUCGAGAAAUUUAAAGUAGGCAAAUAUGCCAUAAGCUUUUGAAAAGGAAUAUUAUCUUGGCUUUCUAAAUUACCCAAGGGACGCUGAAGGAAUCUGGAAGCACUGUGCUAGAUUAACUCUUUCCUGCCUUUAAAGUCCUGCGUGUGCAGUAGUAUGGAAAUCAGUGUUCCUUCUGUACUGAAGAAGUUUCUAUCCUGCCUCUCCUCAUCACGGCAACACCCCUAACAAUUGAUUAAGGAGGUGAAGAAUCUAAGAAAAACAACUAUUCAAUGGUCAACUGUAUUCUGGUCUGGCUCAUAGGGAAACCCGUCCAGGAUCAGGAGAGUCCUCCCUGGGAGAGCGCGUCUGUGAGGAUUGGAUCCAGUGCUGGCUUUCUGUCUCUCACUAAGUACAUACGCCUGCUGCCAGAUUAGUCUACUGCAAGCGUUUUGUUUGUUUUCACUUUGUUACAAAAAUGUACAUUGGUGUCAGACGUCUGUCCCAGCAUGGCUGCAGGCACGGGGAGCUGAGGCACAGCGCUCUUCCUGGCGGGCGGUCCGCCCGCGGUACAGCUCUACAGGCGCAACCCCUCUCUGUGCAGCAUGCCUGGAGGACUGCUCAGCUGCGUGACCUGGGGAUCAGGAACCAGCACCAGCCUGCUGCCCCCGCCGCACACCUCACCUGCAGCAGCCGGGCAUCAUACUCUACCCUGUGCGGAGACAGCACCACCCCGGGUACCUACCAUCAUGUCUUCCAGUCCUCUGUCCAACACCCUGAGCAGGUCUGGGGUGCAGCAGCUGAGGACAUUACAUGGUUUAAGCCAUGGACCAGAGUUAUGGACAACUCCAAUCCUCCAUUCACAAAAUGGUUUACUGGAGGAGAACUUAAUGUUUGUUACAAUGCUCUUGAUCGUCACGUAGAAAAUGGACGAGGAGAUGACGUUGCUGUUAUCCACGACAGUCCUGUUACAGACAGCAAGCAAACUAUUACUUACAAAGAGAUUUAUGAACAGGUAUCCAGGCUAGCUGGUGUCAUGACAAAGUAUGGAGUCAGAAAAGGAGAUAGAGUUGUCAUAUAUAUGCCGAUGAUACCACAAGCAAUGUAUACGAUGUUGGCAUGUGCAAGAAUUGGAGCUGUACAUAGUCUUAUAUUUGGAGGCUUUGCACCCAAGGAGUUAUCUGUGCGCAUCGAUCAUGCAAAGCCCAAGUUAAUUGUUACCGCAUCAUUUGGUGUAGAACCGGGCAGGAGAGUGGAGUACAUUCCUCUUGUAGAGAAAGCUCUAGAAUUGGUUAGUCACAAACCAGAGAAAGUUCUAAUUUAUAGCCGGCCCAGCAUGGAACAAGCACAUCUAACUUCUGGGCGCCAUAUGGACUGGACAGAAGAGAUUGCAAAGGCCAGUCCACAUGACUGUAUUCCUGUGCCUUCUGGUCAUCCUCUGUAUGUUCUCUAUACGUCUGGUACAACAGGACUGCCAAAGGGUGUUGUGAGAUGUACAGCUGGGUAUGCUGUGAUGCUGAACUGGACCAUGUCGGCUAUUUAUGGCUUGAAACCGGGUGAGGUAUGGUGGGCUGCUUCUGAUUUGGGAUGGGUGGUCGGCCAUUCGUAUAUUUGUUAUGGACCACUAUUGCAUGGUAACACGUCAGUGUUAUAUGAGGGAAAACCAGUUGGAACACCAGAUGCAUCUGCAUAUUUCCGUGUGUUAUCGGAGCAUGGAGUGGCAGCCAUGUUUACUGCACCAACUGCAAUUAGAGCCAUACGUCAGCAAGAUCCACAGGCUGCAUUAGGACAGCAGUACCCUUUAACAAAAUUCCGCACUCUGUUUGUUGCUGGAGAACGUUGUGAUUUGGAAACGUUGGAAUGGUCCAAGAAAACCUUCAAAGUUCCGGUGCUAGAUCACUGGUGGCAAACAGAAACUGGAUCUCCUAUUACUGCGACAUGUAUUGGGCUUGGAAAUUCCUUGAAACCCCCCGCAGGACAAGCAGGCAAGCCUGUUCCAGGAUAUAAUGUCAAAAUAUUGGACAGCCACAUGCAAGAGGUCAAGCCAAACACAUUGGGAAAUAUUGUAGUCAAGUUACCUUUGCCUCCUGGGGCAUUUUCCACUCUUUGGGAGAAUGAAGAAAUGUUUAAAAAACUGUAUUUCAAAAAGUUUCCAGGAUACUAUGAUACCAUGGAUGCAGGCUAUAUGGAUGAAGAUGGCUAUGUGUAUGUCCUGUCACGGGUUGAUGAUGUCAUUAAUGUUGCGGGACACAGGCUCUCUGCGGGGGCGAUAGAAGAGUCCGUAUUACUGCACAAGUCUGUGGCAGAUUGUGCUGUGGUCGGCUUGGAUGAUCCAUUGAAAGGACAUGUUCCUUUGGCACUCUGUGUGCUGCAGAAUGGAGUGGUAAAAGGAGAAGAGAAAAUAGCCGAGGAAAUUGUGUUGCUAGUCAGAGAACAUAUCGGACCAGUUGCAGCUUUCAGGAAAGUGAUUGUUGUAAAUCAGCUGCCCAAAACACGUUCCGGCAAGAUACCCCGCUCCACUCUAUCUGCACUUGUUAAUGGCAAGCCCUACAAGGUUGGUUCAACCAUCGAGGAUCCCAGUGUAUUUAAAGUGAUAGAAGAAGCAGUAAAAGCAAGCUUAUGAUACUGUAACGAAGUCCCAGUAUGUACUGGAAAUAGGGCUCCUUCUGUUUCUAUGUUUUUUUUCAGACAAUAGAUUUGUUAAUUGGUUUAUACGGUUGUAUAUUUCCCCUGUGCUAUGCCAUGUUGCAGAUGAAAGAUUUACCAUUUUUAAAUAGUGAAAUGUAACUAGUUUUUUAAUGUUUAGGGUCAUCACAAUUGAAAAUUGGGGGGUAAACAAAUACUUUAAAAUAAACAUGGGGGGGGGGUAUGCAAUGUUUCACAGUCUAUCCAAUUUGGUCACCUGUAAAAACUCACAAGCUCAGUGACAUCUGUGUGUGUUUUUUGGGCAGAAACAGCAUUUCCGGGGAUUUGGUUUUGCCUGGAUUUGUGGCCCCAGCAUUAUGUUUUGCUGUUUAUAUGCAGCAAUGUUGUACUUCCACAAUCGCCGGCUACAGCAGUAUUGCACACUGUGGGCGGCAUUCAAUUCUUUUCACCCCCUUCCACACCCGUUCUGUUUCUGCUGACAGGCGUGGUAUAAUAAUUUCUGCUCGCUACCCCCGGAGUAGCAAGGGCACCCAACCCUUUACGCAGCUAAACCUGAUUACUAUGGGGCAAUAUGCAUGAUAACGGGGAUCAUUUUAGAAAGGAGAUUGGGUGUGAUAUAUCAUUUGAAUACUACCCUGUGUGUUUUCCCUGAUGUGUAGUUGCGGUACACCUUUGAAGUUGAUGUACGUGAAAAUCAAUUUCAUUACGAUUUUGGAGAUGAAGUGACCCAUAUCUCUGACACCUACUAUCGAUCAUGAUUUGCUGCCACCUCCACUGAGAAUUAUACAACUGAUUGUGGAGAUAGCUGCCUAGAUAUAAUCCUUUAUUUGCGGAAGACACCAUUUAAUGCAGGGGUGUGGUGGCACGACCUUGGGGGGGGGGGGGAGGGGCGGUAUUCUCUCUAGCAAAGUACAUCUGCACAUGCACUGAUGUAUAGUACACAUACUAAACAUUCACUAGUCCUACAAUAACUACCUGUACACAUUUAGCAUAUGUUUGGUUAUGUUAUGAUGUGCUCAACUGCAAGCCUCUAUGCUCCACAGCACGUAUCAUCCACGUUUUCUCCUGCAUGGAAAGAUGAAUGGAUGGGGGAUGCCUGUAUGAUUGCUGCUAGGUUGUUGUCUGUGUCACAAGUAGUGAGGCUACAGUACAAACCUUACUGCGUUAAGUGUGUAUCUUGGCUGAUACAGGUUGUGUGUCUAAGGUGGCAGUAACACACUGUAAAUACCACUCUAAUUGCAGCCUAUUACAUUUGUUACUGAUAUAAAGCUGAAAUACACAGGUGCUACAUUUCUAUAGUCCCUUGUCAGUUUGAUGGAAAAUUAUAUAUUUUUCUGUAUAUUUUUAUUAAGGUAUAAUACAUCCUGAUGCUUUGUACUGUA